AUGGGGCUGACACUUGUUCACAUCGAUUCUGGUGAACGUUUCUACGACUGUAUUAAAAAAAAAGAACUCAAGAAUUAUAAAUUGGGAAACUAUGAAAGUCCUACGACAAUGAGAGUGAAGAAGGAAUCGGAUCCGGAAGAUGUAGAGAGAAGCAUGUAUAAAUACAAGCAUAAAAAAUACAAAAAUGAGGAUUUGCAUGUCCUAAUUCCCAGGGAAAAGCCGCCGAAGCCCGCUGAUUCUUUCGGUCGUGGUGCAACUGAGCGCACAUCUACUAGAACUACAAAAAUUUCCACUACAAGGCGGACUUUCAACCCGCCUGUGAAUAUUGUUUUAUUUGGAAAGCAGACUAUCACCUAUAAUGAAGGGGGAGAACCUGCUGCGAAGCAUGAAUCUGUAAGCCAUCGGAAGGAACAUGAAGGGGAGCAUCAUCGACGCCAUCGACAUCAUCGGCGUCGGGGAAGCGGUGAGCCAAAAGACAACAGGCACGCCUCUCCCAAUCGUCGAAGAGAAGGACAUGGUCGAGAAACACGUAGAGACCGUUCUCCUGAUACCAUUCGUGGAAAAGAAAGUGACGAUGGCAGAUCCGAACGAGGAAAGGAACCUGAGCUCGACUUGCGCGAGAAAACGCAUGUCCGUAAAAUGCAUAAUGCAGAGGAAGAUUCUGAUUCUGAAUAUUCCGAGGCAGAAAUUCCUAGACCCCUUGAGAAGACACCCUCUGGAAGAAGCUCUUUGAAGGUACGUAGAUCGACACAUAGCUCUAGACAAGGGGCAGCUUUAGAAGAUCUUCCAGAAAUAGAUGCAAUUUCUCUCACACGCUCUCAAAAAGCACCUUCUCAAAAAGCAGUCGCUAGGCGAGCGCUUUCUGAAAGAAGCUCUUUAACGGGACAUAGUUCCAAACAAAGCUCUAGAAGCGGCGCAGCUUUGGAAGAUCUUCUAGAGGCAGAUGCAAUUUCUCUCGUACCUUCUCGAGAAGCAUACGCUGAUGGCAGACGUUCUUCAAGAGCUCCAUCUACAGCGGGGCAAUCUAGAAUAUCCCAAAACAAUGAACCCUUAAUUCCUAGCUCGCAGAAAUUAACAGAAGAAAAUAUGAGUCUUUUAGAUGGGAAGGCUUCUGAACCCAGAUCUCAAGGGGAUUAUGAAGCAAGUCGUGUGAGACGACGUUCGGAAAGGGCAAGUAGUGGCCUAUCCAGAAAAAUUGAAUCGUAG